UGCGACGACUGUAAGCUGGAAGCUAACAGUGAAUUUGAGCCGCCCUGAGCAUUACAACGGGGAAAUAACAGGAGCAAGCGCGUAUAGUAUUAUAUUUUAGUGUUAUUAUAUAUAAAAACAUAUACAUAUAUUAAAACGAGUUGUCAACAGCCAUAUAGAAGUCAACGGUUGACAGCAAGUUAACGAAAAUGAUGCCUUCAUCCUUCUAGAAAACGCUAACUGGGUAGCUAAUAGCAUUUAGUGAUUUAGCAUCAUAGGAGGCUAGUAAACACACGUCCCUUUGGUUUGGUAGAUGCUCCACCGACGCGAGAUUUCUAUAUUUAACUCGACGGCAAAUGGGAUCGACGACCUGAGCGUACCAUGAUGAACCCCCCUCCUCCCUCCAACCCCCCAUUUCGGUUACGUUAGCUAGCUAACACCUUAGCUAAAUUAGCCCAUUACCCUUAAUGUUGGCUCAUUACUGUUAUUAAUCGGCGACUGAGUGGAUCGAGGAAAGCAACUGAGCCAGCGCAACAUGGCUUCAGAGGAGUCAUCCCUGCGCGCACUAGAGAGCCUGAUGACGGAGUUCUUUCACACCUGCACGACUAAUGAGCGAAAAAGAGAAAUAGAAGAGCUGCUGAAUAACUUUGCACAGCAAAGUGGAGCUUGGCGCCACUGCUUGUUCUUCCUCUCCAAUACUCGGAAUGAGUAUGUGAUGAUGUACAGUCUCACAGUGUUUGAAAACCUGGUGAACAAGAUGUGGAUCGGCGUCGCUUCACAGGACAAGAUGGAGAUUCGCAGCUGUCUGCCCAAACUCUUGCUUGCUCAGCACAAAUCCGUGCCCUACUUCAUCCGAAACAAACUCUGCAAAGUCAUCGUCGACAUCGGUCGCCAGGAUUGGCCAAUGUUCUACCACGAUUUCUUUACGAGCACUCUUCAGCUGAUCCAGUCUCCAGCUCUGGCAUCGUUGGGUUUGGUGAUGUUAAAAACCACGUCGGAGGAACUUGCAUGUCCUCGAGAAGACCUGAGCGUCGCCAGGAAAGACGAGCUGCGUAAACUGCUGCUGGACCAGGUCCCCACGGUGCUCGGACUGUUGACAGGCAUCUUGGAGACGUACUGGGACAAGCACAGCAUCAUAGCCUCGACCCCUCCUCCUUCUCCCACCUCGGGGGAAAGCGUGGAGUUGCUGGGCAGCUUGUUUCAGGGCAGCCAGUACUCGAAGCUGCUGUGUCAGCCCAUGGCAGCGCUGGACAGCGAGAGCCAGCAGCUCUGUUGUCUGGUCCUGGAGUGUUUGGCUCACCUAUUCAGCUGGAUCCCUCUGUCCACAAGUAUUACGCCCACGCUGCUGGCAUCCAUUUUCCAUUUUGCACGUUUCGGAUGCGACCUACGGACAAAGGAAAAAACGGGGUCCUUCAACUCCUCCUCCUCUAAUGGACAGCUUAAUCCUGGGACGAUACCUAACGGAGGAGGAGGAGGAGGAGGGCGGAACGGACAGCAGAGCGAGGGCAACAAGGUGGACCGUGCCCGCCUCGGCGUCCUCGCCAUGACCUGUGUCAACGAACUGGUUUCAAAGAACUGUGUGCCGAUGGAUUUUGAGGAGUACCUGUUGCGGAUGUUCCAGCAGACGUUCUUUCUUCUGCAGAAGCUGACGAGAGAGAACAACGCUCACACGGUCAAGAGUCGCUUACAGGAACUUGAUGAGAGUUACUUGGAAAAGUUCACAGAUUUUCUGCGCCUGUUUGUCAGUGUUCACCUGAGGAGGAUUGAGUCAAGUCCUCAGUUCCCUAUUGUAGAGUUUCUUGCCCUGCUUUUCAAGUACACCUUCAACCAGCCUACUCACGAAGGCUACUUUGCGUGUUUGGAGAUUUGGAGUGUGUUCUUGGACUUUCUAACAACUAAAAUCAAAAGCAGGCUAGCAGACAGAGAUGGCGUCCUAAAUAGGUACAAAGAUGCCCUAGUUCUUUUGUUAAGAGAAGUUCUGAAUCGUAUACAGUUCAGAUUCAAUCAGGCGCAGUUAGAAGAGCUGGAUGACGAGACUCUGGACGAUGACCAACAGACCGAGUGGCAAAGGUACCUGCGUCAGAGUCUGGAGGUGGUUGCCAAGGUGAUGGAGCUGCUCCCAUCCCAUGCAUUUACCACUUUGUUCCCCGUCCUUCAAGAAAAUUUGGACGUGUACCUGGGUUUGCAGCAGUUUAUCAUCACCAGUGGCACGAAUCGGAGGCUCAACAUCAGCGCGGAGAACGACUGCCGCCGGCUUCACUGUUCUCUCAGGGACCUCAGCUCCUUACUCCAAGCCGUCGGGCGCUUGGCCGAACAUUUCAUUGGCGAGGUUUUCGCUGCACGUUUCAAUGAUGCUCUGGCAGUAGUGGAGAGGUUGGUUGAAGUGACUUGCUACGGCUCCCAGACCAGCCUCUACGACCUGGAGACGGCCGUUCCUUCUGUGCUGAAGCCGGACCUCAUCGACGUACAUGCACAGGCGCUUGCAGCUUUGCAGGCGUACUCUCACUGGCUGGCACAGUUCUACAGUGAAGUCCACGGACAAAACCAGAGCCAGUUCAUCAACCUCAUCAAAUCUACAGUAGAUGCCAGCAGCCCGCUCAUCACAGCUAAGGUACCGGAGAAGCUGCUGCUCUCGUCGUGUCAUCUGAUGGUUUCCAUAACGUCGACAGUGAGGCCUGUGUUCCUGGUCUCUUUACCGGCCGUUCAGAACAUCUUCAACAUGAUCACUACAGAGAACCAGACCCGCCGGCUUCCCCCAGAAGGCCACAUGUUGGUGUGUCGGGCUUUAUCCAACAUGCUGCUGCUCCCGUGGCCAAACUUACCGGAGAGCGAGCAGCAGUGGCCGACUCGCUCCAGUAACCACGCCAGCCUCCUGGCAGCGCUCACGCGGGAGUAUCGGAUUUUAAGAGGGACAGUGAACAUAACUCCACGGCAGCCCGGCCUGGACGGCAUGAAGGCAGUGAUCCAGCAGACCCUGCCUGUGCUCAGAGACAUCGUGGACAGCAUCUCCGGGGAAUCCACCAAAUCACGUCAGAUCUGUUACCAGAGUCUCCAGGAGUCGGUCCAAGUGUCCCUGAGCCUUUUCCCGGUGUUUAUUCAGCAGCCAGAUGUGACGGAUGAGAUGUUGGCCUUCUUCCUGACGCUGUUUCAGGCGUUGCGGGUCCAGAUGGGCGUCGCCUUCACAGGACAGAUCAUCCACACUUUCCUCAGCAUGUUCACCAGGGAGCAGCUGGCGGCCAGUAUUUUGCAGGAGGGCAGCGCGGGGUGUCGAGUCGUGCAGAAGUUCCUGAAAAUCCUGCAGGUGGUGGUGCAAGAGCCCGGCCAAGCUUUCAAACCCUUCCUACCCAGCAUCCUCUCUCUGUGCAUGGAGCAGGUCUACCCCGUGGUGGCAGAGCGGUCGUCUCCAGACGUGAAAGCGGAGAUGUUUGAGUUGCUUUACCAAAUACUUCACCAAAACUGGAGGUACUUCUUUAAAACGUCGGUCCUAACCAGUGUCCAAAGAGGCGCCGGUGAAGAUACCAUGGAAAAUGAGGCCCAGUUCACAGCUGCCAUGCAGGCUUUUGGCCAGUCUUUCCUGCAGCCUGACAUCCACAUCUUCAAGCAGAAUCUCUCCUACCUGGAGUCCCUCAACAGCAAACACAAGCUGUAUCACAGAAAACUUUUCCGGACCUCAAUGCUCUUCCACUUCAUCAACGUGCUGCUGCAAGUCCUCCUCCACAAGAGUCACGACCUCCUCCAGGAGGAAAUCACCCUCGCUAUCUACAACAUGGCCUCCGUCGACUUCGAUGCCUUCUACUCGGCCUUCAUGCCGGAGUUCCUCACCGGCUGCCAAGGCGUGGACACCAGCCAACGAAACGUUCUCGCACGCAACUUCAAGCUCGAACGGGACUUGCCUUCGUUCACUCAGAGCGUUCAGCGGCUGGUGAAUGACCUUCGUUACUACAGACUGUGUAAUAGCAGCUUGCCCACUGGCACCAUCAAGCUAUAGCCCACAGCACAGCGUCUCGCCUGAACCACUCCACACGUCGGCUACGAUCAAGGACUGCCUGUGCUGACCACUUUGCACGACACUCCUCCAGCCCAGCUUUGCUCCGUCUCUCCAGAGGAACAGGAAGGAGCAACGUUCGGUUGAGUGUUGGGAGGCGGAGGAUGCUGCUGAUGUUUUCUUUGAUUUCUACUGUAGAAGGUGGGCUCGUUCUUAUUUUAAAGCGGUGCCCUCCUCGUGUAUUGCCAACGGUUAUUUGGCAGGAAAUGUAAACCCGGUCUGCAGUCGGCUUUCGGCCAGACCCGGAGCAGUCUGAGCCAGGCCUUCUUUCCCACGCCUCCGCAUCAAAGCCGGGCUGGGACUGAGCACUUUCAACUCAUUUUGAGUUUUUUUAAAUGUCUGCUUUUAUUCAUUUUGCCUUUUCAUCUCCAAAGGAGACGGACUCUCGACUUAAGAUCUUUCAUAUCAUUCCAUUCUGAAAAGGAAAAGAAACCUGCUUGAUUAAUAAAGUGCUUUUUUAGUAAAAGUGA